AGUCGUUGUUCUGGUGAACUCCAGGUGAAAAAUGGAAGAAAAUGGAGAGCUGUUGAUCACUGGGCAUUUCUAAGAACAGAGAGAACAUCAGCAUCUGUGUGCGAGAAUCUGAAUUGUGGAUCCCACGUUUCAUCGACAACUAAACAACUUCCAAGAGAAAAGCCACUUUUAAGUAUUAGGUCUCCCUGCUUAGAUACAUUUCCACUAAAUAUUGAGGAAUGUUUGUAUUACGAUAUAAUGAGCAGCCACACGGUGGAAAUCACCUGCUCAGACUCUGUCAGGCUGGAGAACGGAUCCAGUCGGUGUUCAGGCAGGCUGGAGGUGAAGUCCAACAACUCGUGGUCCUCCGUGUGUGAAGAUGACUUUGACCUGCUGGAUGCAGAGGUGGUCUGUAGGGAGCUGGGCUGUGGGGCUCUUUCAGUCCUCCAGGGGGCGCUCUAUGGAGAAGCAGAAGCUCCAAAGUGGAACAAAGAGUUUCUCUGUGAAGGUCAUGAGUCUUCUCUCCUGGACUGCAACCACGCCAGACUAGAGAGAAGCUCCUCAUCGGACAAAGUUGUUGACCUCACCUGUUCAGGAAUCAUCCGCCUGGAGGGACACGUCAGUCACUGUGCUGGAACACUGGAGAUGUUUUACGGUGGAGAAUGGGGACCAGUAGCUGCUUCUAACUGGAGCCGGGACUCCGCCUCUGCAGUGUGCGCUCAGCUGGGUUGUGGUUCUUCUCUGUCUACUAGAAGCAAAGACAACUUCCUGAACAGAUCAGUGUGGUGGAUCCAGCCUCCGUGUGGCCCAUCACUGGAAGACUGUAAUAUUAUGCGUUGGGAUGAUCAAAGCCAAUCUACUCUUGAAAUAAUCUGUUCAGUCUCUGUGGUCGGUUUGAUGAUCCGUUGGGUUGUCGUCUCGGUGGGUUUGAUGGCGAUGAUCCUCGUAACCUGCUUCUACGCCACGAAAAGCAGACGGAGAACACGAGAGGAACCGAGACGUUCCUGAUGGUUCUGGUUCUGGAGGCUGUACAGAGGAGAGGACUGCAGUGUGAAGGAAAGAAUGAAGAGUCCAGGCUGCAGCUGUAGAACUCUGCAUUACAUUACCAAUAGAUUCAAUAAGCAGCAAUAUUAACAUUUGACCCCAAACAAUAUUAAAGAUUAAACUAAUGAGUAAAGUAGCUCA